UGAGAAAUUGGGGGCUGUAUUGUUUUUUCCGUUGAACCAAAACGAAAACCUUAAAAGAGAGGAACCCCUAGUAGAAUUCCAAGCUUCCAACUGUUAAUUGGUUUUGGAGUUUUCAUGGCGAAUUUUAGCAUCUUACCAUCAGAGAUCAUGCUAGACAUUUUUACAAGGUUACCUGCUGGAUUGGUUUUGGAGUGUAAAUCAGUAUCCAAAACUUUAAAAAAUGUUGUUGAGCAUCCGUGCUUCUCUAAAUUGCACUUUAAUCAUUUGAAUGAUCUUGAUUCUGGUAAGGUUAGUUUUAUUUUCUUGUUAAAUGAUGCUGAAUCCGAUUCUAUACAGUUUUAUUAUGCAGAAUAUGAUGAGAAUGCUUCUGAUACACCCACUUAUAGAGUUAAGAAAAUGACCUACAAACCUCCAUCUGAGUGCUAUAGUCUCGUUGGCUCUUGUAAUGGCUUGAUUUGUCUGAAUGGUUUACCUGCUCAUUUUACUCAUGAUGAUUAUGAUGAAUUUGAUCCAGCUUCCAAUGUUGCUUAUGUAUGUAAUCCCGUUACUAGAGAAACUGUUAUGCUUCCAGAAUUAAAGAGAAGAUCUUGUCAUGAUGAUCGAGUUGAUUUCCUUGUGAUUGGAUUUGGUUACGUUCGUUCAACUGAUGAGUACAAGGUUGUUAGACUGUACAAGUUCAUGAGAGAACCCAAAUUUGCACGAAUUGAGGUUUACACACUGGGGAGUCGCAAGGGAUGGAGAGACGACGGGAAGAAAAUAGAGACUGGUCUCGGUGGUUGGCAACAUGGUGUGUUUGCAAAUGGGUGUAUUUAUUGGAAUUUCGGAAACGGAAAAAUUGUGGCCUUUGAUUUAGCUGAUGAAAUGUUUGUCGAAUUAUCUGAGUGUCCUAUAUUUCGGUGCAGGAGAAUUAGACUUGGGGUAUUUGGAGAUCAUUUGUGUGCUACAAAUUCCGAUACCAUUACCAACAUUUCGGAUGUGUGGUUAUUGAAAAAGCACAAAGAUGAAUCAUUGAUGAGCUGGAGUAAGGAGUUAAGCUUAACUAAUAUGGAUGGAUACGAUACUCCCCUUGCCGUUACCGGUAGUGCUAAACUUUUAUGUCACUCAAAUACCAGCCUCUAUCUUUAUGAUCUAAAAUCUGCUUCUUCCAAAUUGCUUGCGAAUUUUGGUAGAUGCUUUCAUCAAGUAAUUCCUCAUAGGAACACCUUAGUUUCCAUCGAUAGCAUCACAAGAGAGAACUCAAAAUCACUGGAAUCUGGUGAGAAAGUGCAAUAGAGGAACUAGAGGCAGGGAUUGGCAGAUGAAGCAGCAAUAGGAAGGAGGAGAUCUGGACAAUAUCAUCUGGUAAUUUUCAUAUUGGAGUUAUAUAAAUAAAUGUAAUGUAGUAAUGUUAACUACUCCAGCUUCGAAUAAUGUUAAAUGCAGAUUAUUAUUAGUGUGUUUCCUUGGUUAGCAAUCUUGUUUGGCUGUUUCCGCAUCUCUUUAUAUCAUUGUUUACUUGGAUUAAUUUCUGUGUGAUACAUAUACUUUAGCAAGCUAAUUUUAUUCAUAGAAGAGGUUCGCAGUAUAGUACUAUUUAGUAUUCAGAGUCACUAGAAAGUCAAUUUAGUCUCCAACACUUGUUUAUGGAUUCAGAAUUUAGAUUUGCCAAACCUAUUGGGGCAUUUGUUGUUUGCUGACCUGCAUAUGAAACUGACUCGGGUUUUGAGUCAAAUUUGAAUACAUUUGUCAGAAUGUGGGGGUUAGAUAGGCCAUUUUGUUUCCCGUUUGAGAAUGUAUAUAUGGGCUUAGUUAUAUCGGCAAUAAUAUCUGAAUUGUGGUUUGGAUUUUCUUAGUUAUAAUGUGUCAUUAGUUUGCAAUUGUGUUUUUAUUUUGGUUGUUCUUGGCUUUAUCAUUCCUUUUGAAAUGUGGUUAAUUUUUUCUGUUUCAUCUGGUUUAAGGUAUUUCCGGUAUUUACUUUGAUGUUUUCCUUAAAAGACCGCUCGUUAACUUAUUGAGAUGCGUUCGGGGAAAUCUGAACCUACAAUUGGACUUAUGAAUCAUUGUUGUUACUUGGAUUCUUGCCUUGAAAAAUAGGUCAGUCUCUUCAUAUGCAACGGAACUGAUUCAGCCUUUUGGCCGUAGAUAUCAUGAUAGUAACUGAGUGUCUACUAAAAGCAGAGAUUUGUUUUCUUUAUUUGGUUGGAAAAGGUUGACAAAUGUGUAUAGGAUUCCCGGGAUUUUAUACAUCAGUGGAAAAAAAUCGGGGUGCUGACCUUGAAUUUGAAAUUCCUUUGGUAAAAGGGAAUGUGUAUCUAUGAUUUGCAAGCAUUACUACACCAUGGACAUAACAGCAUAAGCUUUAAUCUGUGUAAGUGAAGGCGUAUAUACAUUCAUUUUUAGUCUCUUAAUGCCGAUAGAUAACAUGUUUAGAUUUUCAUGAAUUCUAAAUUAUGUAGUGGUUUUUGCACCGGGAACAGUAUUUCGAUAUCCCUUCUUCCUAGUUAUUAUGCACUAAAUACAUUGAUUCAUUAUAUUUCCCCAUUCGAGUUACUGGAGCUUGUGCAUUGGGUAUUUGGGAAAGUAGACCAGACAUACAAGGAAGGUGAGAAAUCCUUAAUGGUGAAUGGUUUCUCUAUUGAUUGGUAUGUCGCUGAUAAUGGGUCGGAUUGAUAUCUAGCUAUCUGCAUCAUAUGGGUUACCUUGAAUGUUUAGAGUUUGGGGGUCUUGGAUUACUUGCACUUUUAAUUAUGAGCACGUCUUCACCAGGUUACUUUGAAAGUUUAGAGUUUAGGUUAAGGAGACAUUGGUAUGCAGGAUUCGUUUCGGAGGCUUCAAAUGGAAUGAAAAUAAGUAUUUUCAGAUGUGGAGCUUUUAUUCUUCUUUAUCCUCAUACAACGAGUCAAGAAAGCUGAUUCUUCAGAUUGUCAAUGCUAUUAUUUCAUGGAGAAUCAUUAUGGAGCUUCCCCUGAAUCACCUAAAAAUCCAGGAAAAGGGAGCAGGUUCUCUGGAAGGUGUUCGUGAACAGCUAUUGAAACUCGUUUCUCAUCUAUAUAAUAAAUUACUCAGGAUUUUGAAGACUAUAAUCCUGACUGGAGAUGGUCAUUUAAUCAUGAAUUUGAGGAUUGCUCAUCCGCAGAGAAAACUGACUCACAGGAGGCGGAUGAAUAUAAUGCUUGCCAAAGUCUUCUUCUCAUAUUCCAAAAUGCUCUCAGGUUAAACACCUUACACUUGCUUUUUAUGUCGUAUUAAGAGUUGGCGGAAUUUGGUGUUUCCGAGUGGGAAAGGAACACCUUUAUACUGAACGGGUAUUCUGGAGAGGAUGCACCAAGAAUCAACUGCAACUGCGAUCGGUGGAAAAAAGUUGAGGGUAUUAUAGUCACUGUAAUUACUGCUGACUAGUACUUUCAGUAUAAAGGCUAUUAGCAGUAGUACUACUUCUGGAUUUCCAUAUAUAUUGACAUUAAAACUGUGCAGAAAAACUUAAAUUACUCAAAUACAUUGACAAUUAAUUAAUUUUUAACGCAACCGUAUAACAGCUCUGUACUAGCAUACCCCCAUUUAAGAAAACCAGUAACCAAAAUGAUCUUUGCUGUUUUGUUGCCAUUAAUGCUUGUACUGUAGGACCAACCAGAUCAUUCUUCCAACGCUUGUGUAUAGCAUUACCACACAAGAAGAGAACAAAAGGCAGGGAUUGGCAGGUAAAGCAACAAUAGGAAGGGCAAGAUCUGGACGACAUAUUAUCUGGUAAUUUUCAUAUUGGAGUCAUAUUUAUAUGUAAUGUACUGAUGGUUAGAUUCAUAUUUAUAUGUAAUGCACUGGACAACUAUUUCAGUUUAAA